AUGGAACUGCUGCUCAUGAUCUACGAACACCUUGCCCAUGUCGAGGGCUUCUUGGAAGUGACCGAGCGUGAAGGAAUGGGUGUUAUUGUUGAUGAUGCGGUGCGUGGACGUUUCCUUGAUGUUAGCGAAGAAGAGCAACGUCUGCUCAAAUUGCGUUUGACGGCUUGGAUUCGGGCUGUGGGUGUGGAAGCCAUGCGCAUUGCCGAUCGGCUGGUUGAGGGAAUUUCCGAUGUCCCGGAGCGUAUCGCUGUGGCCGACCCGGACCCGGCCGACGCUGGAAAUUCUGGCGACUACACUCGGCCCCCCUUAGACCGGCUGCAGCAGGGCGACUGGCCGCCAGCCUACCCGCAGCGUGUUAGGCACGCCCUGCCUGACGAUUUGACUGCUGUUUAUCAGCGGCUCAAUUUGAUCAACACACGGAUGACCGAUCACUUGUCUAGAUUGGGACGUGUCACUGAACAUCAUGGCGCGUAUGACAUUGGCACACCACAGACUUUGACGACGAGCGCAACGGCCAAUGUCCUGUCGAGCUUCAUGGAAUUGUCACAGCGGGCUGCCCAUCGGCUUUCCCAUCUUUACCACCUGCUCUCUGAGUUGAAUGUCAAUUUCGCUGAUCCCCUGCCAAGGCGACUGCAACCAGUCCUCGCCCCUAGUCGAAGGCGUCCGGCGCCGGAGGGUGAAAUUGUUCUGCAAAUUUACCUACCUCCACCAAACAUGGACCAGACGUUGCAACUUACCAACUAUGCUGACGUAUGUAUCGUUCCUCACGAGGGCCACGCGCUGCAGCGUCCUGUGGUGCACCGACCGACACAUGGGUCUGCAGCCGGAUCUUUCCUGAUGGGUGCUCCAAUGGGGCUUGAUCCGAACGCGGCAACGGAUGGUCCAUGGUUCCAUUUGGUAGCUGGACCCGAAGCCGCUCAGAUACAGCCGGCAAUGGCAGCGUCGAAUGCAAACAACCAGAACAUCAAUACUGCCCCACCAAGGCCUCGGAUGGUGAUGAGGGGAGGCUACCCUAGUCGAGCCAGAGGCAUUCCCCGACUGCGUGGGCAAUCACUUACUCGCCGAAUUGCAUCCGUCCUGUCUCGCGCAAAUCGGGCUCGCGUUUCGGCAUCAACAAAUACUGCACAGUCAGUGUUUGACCCAUUUGGUCUGAGGGCAGGCUUGCUGACAUCUGGUACUGCUGCUCCGUUCGAAGAUGAGACUCAACAAGCGACUGCUCGCACUGAAACAGCCGAGCAAACUGGAGACACGUCUACCGCUUCGACUAGUUUUGAUUCGGACCGGCAUCGUGUGCGGAUCCCGAGAAAUCUGUUCAUUGAGCGCGGACACGCUGACCGAAACACUGACCCAUUGCUGCCAUGUUCCUCUGUACACACAUGUGGCGCCGAAGACUUCCAGCACAUCGACAGCCUCGUCGCAGAGCUUGGAACUAGCUUGGAACCGAUCAACGACCCAGCUCCACCUAUGGAAGCACUGGCCCAGUCCACGGAGAUCAUGCGUACCGGCAACAGCCGUUUGUACGCGGAGAAUGAUGAGCAACUCUCCGCCUUCCUCAACACCCUCCUUCGCUCCGUCAUCGGGCUCCUCGAUGAAGCCGACAGGACGCACCGCUUGUCUGCUGGUAGGACGCAGAUCGGCGCGGUGAUCGAGGCGCAAGUGGUCUUCCAGGCUCCUGCCCAACAACCCAGCCAAGCCCAGAAUGCGCCUUCAAAUGGGAAUCCAAUAAACUUCGAAGGAAUGACGGAGAAUGCGCGAAACAUGAUACAGCGACUUUUCACGGCAACCACAAAUCGCAGCAAUGUCCCUAUUGGUCAGCUUUUUCCUGAUACGAGCACGGACGCAGCGGGCGAAGGAACAAGUUUGAUGGCGAUCAUGAACCGUCUCAUUGCCGACUACAUGAGUAUGCCUGAUCUGCUCGCUCUUUUCUCCCGAAACUUGGAACCAAUCGUCCGCCUUCGUCGUCAAUUCCGUCAGUUCAUCACUGUCAACUAUUUGGACGACAAUUCGCGGCCAACUCGCGAAGACAUUGAUGCUGCAGCGGGAAGGAUGGCCGUUUCCCCAGAACUCAUCAUCUCAAUUUUGGACCGAGGCGGUGGUCAGCAUACAUUUGAGGAGCUUGACGUCCAAUGGGACGUAGCCGAGACGGCGGUGCGGGUGGAGCGUUACGCGCUGCGCGAUCUGCUCACGAUCCUGUUUGAUCAAACCGUGACUGACACACAGUUUGCCGAAAGAGGGACCAACCGCACCGAGCGAUACCUGCGAGAGAUGAUGGCAUUGGGCGACGCGGCGGUCGGUCGACCUCGUGGCUACCAAGAUCUGAUCGGAACGUACCUGCAAAGCGAAGGGCUGGCUUUGCUCGGCGAGGGCAAUCAAAGCAACAUCACCUCCAUCCUCAACGUGGCCUUUGAGCAUCUCCAGCGAUUGACCACGCAGGAUUCGCGCAGCACGCUCCGUACACCGGAUAUGAGACCCGCUCUUGUCCAGCAUUUCACGGGCAGCGCCCCGAAGAAGAUGCGCCAUGCCGAUAAUCAGAGCCAAGACUCUGGUCCAUCCACUUCUACGGCAAAUAUGCCCCCUCCAUCAGCCAAUACAACUGCCGCCUCACCAUCCGCCAUGGAUGUUUCGGAGCCUCCGCGUGCCGGUACCUGGGAGACGAACGUUCCACUGUCAUGGCUCGCCACCAUUCGCCACGAUAUCGCCAGGAUGACCAUCACUCCACGCGAGAGUCCCGCGCGCCCGCCCCGCUCACAAACGUUUUUGACGAUGCUCGGCCGCGGCGCGAAAAAUCAGGGCGGCAGCGGAGAGCCAAGUGUUCCGCCCGAAUCGCCGCGUCGCAUGGAAGAG